AUGGCUGCUGAGACGUUGAAUUUAGAUGAGGAACUCGGGAUCACAGGUUACUCAACUCGAUGGGUGGUUGAGAAGUUAGAGAAAUAUUGUGAUGACUAUGUGGAAGCCAGAGGCGAUAAGAAGGCUGUUAAUGUAAGUUAUAAAACUUAUUAUAAGUUUUUUACUUUUCUGUAGAAAAUGCCAAAGAGUCUCAACGCAAAAACGAUCUUUGCAAAUGCAUAAUAAUAAAGAUAUUCAGACUCCAAUCUCACAAGACCUCUAAAUAUGUAAAAAAAAUCUACGAUAACAAGAUGGACAAAAAAAAAUUCACUAUGCUUUGCAGAUCGACGCCCACGAUGUCUCUGACGGAAAAGGCUACAUGUCCAGGGUUUUCAUCACAAAAGUCAAAUUUGAUGACAACAGUGACUUCACGUUGGUCAUGAAAAUCCCGACAGCUGACCUUAUCGAAGAGAAAUUUCUAUCCAUGGACGGAAUGAACGGGGUGAGCAAGGAGUAGCAGACUUCAAAAAUUGCCGGCGGCUGUUCAAAAUCAUUUUUUUAGGAUGCUGCCAAAGUUCUUUCCGACAAAGUUCUAGAUGCUCAUAACAUCGAAUGCGACGCAAUUUCCCUGGUUUCCUCGUUCAACGACUUUCCAUCGCCUAAGGUUUAUUACGUCGAGAAAUGUCGGCAAGGCAACACAAGUGGCCUAGAAGGUCGAGAAGCGCCCGGCGUCAUAAUGAUGAACGCAUUAGAGGGCGCUUCAUUGGGCCUUAUCAGAAGCGUCACCAAACAACAAUGUAUAAAUGCUGCACUUGACUUCGCGGCCUUGCAUAACAAUAUCGCUCAGUUGGAGGAUGAGAAAUGGAAAAAUAAGUUUGUGAGUACGAUUCACUGGGACAAGGGGAUGAUGGACUCAAGCGUAGCGAUGCUGGACACGUUCGCCAAGAGCUAUCCGGGUAUGUGAAACCGCUGACAAUACUCUGUCGUAAGGGAAGGAUCAACUAAAGUUUAACAGUACGAAACUUGAACUUUCCGUCGUUUUCCUAUACUAAUAUAACACAACAUACCUUGCAGAGCUCGCCGACUUCAACAAAGUCAUUCAAUCUACCAAUAUAGUCAAAUACACCCUCUACGCGCUGAAAGAACGUCCGGCAGCGUUGAACGCAUGGACCUACGUUCAUGGCGAUGUCUGGACGAACAAUGUCAUGUUCAAGAAACACGAAGACGGGAGUGUUGGUGACGAGGUUUUGGCCUAUAUCGAUUAUCAGAUUGGAUUUGAAGGUAACAAUUUUCUUUCAUCCUUACAUGGAUACUAUAGCAGAAAAUGACGCAUGAAAUUCAGGUAAUCCGGUUUUCGAUAUGUGCAGCUUCUUGACCUUCUGCGCUGAUGCGGACAUUCGUCGAGAAGUUGAGCCAAUUGCCCUCAAGGCAUAUCAUGACAGGCUAACAGAACUCUUCCAUCAACGAGGAGCAAAAGUCCCAUAUUCAUUAGAAACCGUAAGCCAUGAACUGAGCAUUGAAUGACUGUUCCUAGGUCCAAGAACUCUACAAUAUCGCGUUUAUUCACCAAGCUUUGGAAUCCUUGCUGAUGACAAAGUUUGUCGGCAAUGACCAUCUCCCGGAAGAAGUUGUUGAAGCUCAAACAGCGAAGCUUCAUUUAAAGGUCAAGUUCAGCCUGCUGGAUGCUGAGAAAAUUUGGAAAAGACUAAACCUGGGGGCAAUUGCUGGCAUUCAAGAUUCGUGA